UAGCAACCUGUCUCUGUUCAAUAAAAGAGAACAACACCACACCAAACACUGUGAGGACUACAAAGCGAACAAGACGGAUAAUAAGGAAUUAAAGAGCAAAACGACACAACCAGGCUCACAAAUACAGCAGCUCAGUUGUGCACAAUGUCUAGUCAUAUUCUAUCACCACCUCGAUCCUCGAUGCCAAGGCUCCCCAUGAUUGAACAUCCGCUGUCCCGUCUUGGUGACCCAGAAACCUUGUCAUUAAGAGGCUUUUCUAGAGCUGAUGUGGCAAACCAUAGGGAUAAAGAAGCAUCACAAACCAGAAGAAGCAUUCAAACAGCAUCCUCCUGCAGAAGUUUACCACUUACACCUUCAAAGCAUCAUAUUCCAGAAGGUGUACAGGUGACUAUUGCAACUGACCAAAACAAGACUAGGCUGCCUAUAUUUGGUCAAAGGGCUGACUUAGAGAGUCGUGCUGACAGCAGAGUGAGCACCGCAACUAGCAGGUCCAGUUCUGUUUCUCGGCCUGGAACCGAGCUCAGACUUGAAGUAGAUGAGCUGGAAUAUACGUUACGUGAAAAGUUAAAGUCUAGUGGAUACUUCAACCUCAGACAAAUGUUUAAAAACAAUGAUCCUGAGGGAAAAGGGCAAGUGAACAGAGAUGUACUUCUCAUGAUGUUAUCUAAAUUUUUGGGAAGACCAAUAAGUUCCAGACCAUUUCAGCAACUUCUUUUAAGGUUGAAACUUCAUGAAAAGACCAUUAUAAAAUUUGAGGAACUUUAUGCAGCGGUAAGGGAUCCAAUAUCAUCAGGACGCCCUACAUGGCUGGAUCCAGUUAACAGGAAAGCAGAAGUUCUGAUGACAGCAUCCCAAGUCCAUGCACAGCUGAAGACAAAACAAAAGUUUGCAGAACUAACUGAAGUAAUAUCUGAGAAGAAAUCUGAUGGCUCUACAAGGAUCUUGCCCCCAGAGUUCAGAGAUAUUUUGAGAGAACUUGGAUUCUGUAUGGAAGAUGAAGAGUUUAAUAAACUUUGUAAAAGGUAUGACAUGGAUGGAGCUAAUGUGAUCAAGGCCGAUUAUCUGCUGAAAAGGCUUGGAAAUGAAAUCCAAAACCAGACCUCCAGCAAUGUAAAAGCUAAAAGUAGAAAGUCAGAAAAUCCAUUGGCACAGUCUAGAGAAAUGUCUCAGGCAGAACGAGAAAGGAAAGCCUCACUCAACAUAGAGAAGUGGUUGAAAGAUAAAUUCAGGGAAACCUUUCGGAGCAUGAAAGAAGAAUUCGAAAGACAUGACCCACAAAGAAUUGGCAAGGUUGAGAAAGAGGAAUUUCUGGCAGUUUUGGAAAAGUUUGAUCUCAAGCUAAAAGAUGAACACUUUAACCUGUUCCUGGCAAGAUGUGGGCUUGAAAACUCUCUGACAGGCAUCAGUUACAUGGAUCUGCUAAGAAAUUUCCAAGAUCGCAGUGAAAAAGGCAUCACACACAAGAUACUCUCUGACCCAAACCAUAGAUUUCAUCGGGAAGGAGCCAUCAGUCCAUCAUCUACACUAACUGCAGUGGAAGCACGACUAGCAAAUCUCUUCCAGUCUGACUUCCUGGCCCUGCUGGCAACCUUUGAGAAAAUCGAUAAAUUCAAGAGAAAUGUUAUAAGUCAACAGGAAUUCCGGGCAGCAAUAGAGAGCAGGUUCGGUGUGGAGAUUACUGAUGAAGACUUUGAGCUGCUACUUGACAGAAUCCCCCUUGACGAAGAUGGGAAUGUCAGAUACCCUCACUUCAUGGCAAUGUUCGAUUCCCGUCAGGGCGUGCCAAGUCUUUUUGACCAAUGCUCAGUUGGAAGCUCAAGGUUUGAAGAGGAUGAACCUGGGAGAACUCCAGAACAGCUGUUUAAGAUCAUCAAAAGCCUCAUCCAUAACAACUAUCGCGCAAUGGAGAAGGAAUUUGAAGAUCUGGAUGAAAUAAAUUCAAGACGUCUAACUCAAGAGACUAUGUACUUCCUUUUAAAACGGUUUGAUAUCCAGCCUGGAGUCACUCGAGGAGAAAUCCGCAGACUUUGGAGCACAUUUAUCACUAACCAGAACAAAACUCUUGACUACCUGGAGUUUGUGAGGCAUUUUGGAUACUCCCCUAAAUCAGCAUGCUAUCCAAAUGCAAAGAUCAGUCCCCCAAAGAGAGGAGAUGGAGAUUUUAAGAUCCGGUCUAAAAAGCUGAACUGUGACUCUGACAUACUGAUCGAUAAUGUCCGUGCAAAGGUGGAAUAUUUGUGGGAUGACCUCCACAGAGAAUUUGGAGACCUUGAUCCUUAUCACACAGGCUUUGUGAGCAAAGAGGAAUUUAAAGAUCUGUUAUCCGAACUUUGCAUACAUCUGAAUGACUAUGAGCGAGAAAUGUUAUCAAAGAAGUUUGAAUCUAAUGGUGAUGGCCGGGUAUCCUACAUUGAAUUUUUAAAACCUUUUGAGCCUCGUCGAAAAGCUUUGAAGACUAAAACCAAUAUGGAUGCUGUUAUGCAGAGUUCACAGUCUGAGGCAGAUCCAUCUGAAAAUCAUGCAAAUGACCUGGGAACGCUGACAUCAAGAAUGCGCAAGAAGCUAAAAGGAGAAUGGAAGACUCUACGUAGAGCUUUCAAGAAGCUGGAUAUGAACAGCAGUGGCUACUUGUCUCUGCCAGAAUUUAGAUCUGUUUUGAAGCUUUGCAACUUUGUACUUGACGAAGAUGAAAUUUAUCACAUCAUGUCCAAAUAUGACCAGAAUAUGGAUGGCUGCAUCAACUACAAAUCUUUUCUAGAGCACACGUGUAAGAAAGAGAAGCCUUCUAGCCCAUCAACACCAUUGGCAAACACUGUCUAAGGGUCUAAAUUUGUUCGGAUCAGACUCCUAGAUUGUUUACUCACAUUCCUACCAUGGUUCUUUAGCUGUUGAUUGUCUGAGCAUGGUGGGGCUUGUAAUUCCUCAACAGCGGAGAACCAUCUGGUUGCCUCUACCGACUGUUCUUCCAAAACUCCUUAUCAAAAAAUCUGAUGACGUUAGGCUCCUGUGGUAUGUACCAGUCCUACAAUAAAUCGCCACCCUCACAGUAUACUACCUUAAAGCACAUACAUAAUAGUCCUAUAGAAAAAUGUGGGUAGGCUCAACAAAUAAUGAAUAAUGCAUAAUCUUUAUUGAACAUACAAAUAUACAAUAUAAAAUCCUUUCUCAUUCAUUUCACUCAUUUCUUAUCAAGUCCAUUUUUACCUAACUUCUCUUUCCUUAAAAGGUUUUCCAGGAGUUAAAUAUUAACAGACCAUUCCUAAAAGGAGUGAAAUCAAGGAGCCCCUUUGUUGUUUACUUAGGCAUAGCACUCAGUGUGGCAGAAUCAGGUACUACAGCUUUGUUCUAUUCACUUUUUUUUUAUUUUUUUUUAAAGAGGUUGUCCAGUGAAAACCUUUCUUAUCCUUUUUCCACAGUAUAGGGGAUAAGUAGCUUAUUGUGGGGGAUCAGACCACUGGGAUCUCCGGAAUGGGAUCCUGGCUCUCUUCAUUUCUAUGGCAGUGCCAAAAUGACCCGAGUACAGCACUUGGUCAUCUCUCGUGCUGUCUACCACACGUGCUCCUUAAUGGGAGCCAAGGCCCCAUUCUGGAGAUCGUGUGGGUCCCAGAGGUCAGACCUCCUGUGAUCUGUGAGCUACUCAUCACCUAUCCUGGAAUAGGGAGUAAGAUAGUUUUCACUGGAAAACCUCUUUAGUUACAUCCACCCAUAGGGAUAAGACAAUAUGGGGGAAUUCAUGGGGGAAGUCUCUAUUUUGAGAAACAAUUUUGUAAAUUUUUUAACUUCAAAUCGCAAUAACCAAGUGAACAGAGCUUGGUGUAAACUGUGCAUGAAAGGAGACAUGACUUCCUGCAACCCCGGAUUUAUUACAGUUUACUCUACAGAGGUAAUGUAGAUUGGAGCUAAAAUCUAUGCUAGCUCGGAGCACCUCUUCAUAUAUCAGGGACUUGGACUCCAUUAUUUGGGCUGUAGUUUGUCUCUAUUUUUUUGUGCAGUUGCUUUCUGCAGCAAUGUUUUGCGCCAAACCAUAUAGAAUAUUUUUUGUGACAUUGGAAGUCGUGAUUUCAGUUGAAAUCAUGCAGUGGUCAGGAAUUUAUUAUUUGCGACCUUUCAGUUUGUCGCAUAUUUUGGCACAUCUGCGCUUAUAUAGGCGCAAUUCUACACCAGUCCUCAAAUGGCUUAGAAACUGACUGCGGACAGCAUUAUUAAAAAGACAAAAAGUCGCACAAAAAGUCGCAGAGGAAUCACCAUACAAAGUGAAGUACUGAAGUUAGAAAUGUGAUCAGCACCAGAUUUAUCACAUGCCUUGUAACACGUAAUACAUUUGGUGCAGGUACAUAGUUUCUACCGCGUGAAUUAAUGGAGUAAAAAGACCUUCUCCACCUCCACUUUUCAUGAGUACCCCUCAAAGACCUGUGUGUGAAACACUGGUCGUGAUAAAUGUCCCCCUAUGUCUGGGUAAACAAUAAAGGAGUCAGCAACACCUAAAAUGUCAGUAACUGGGCCACCAUACAGGACUCCUGUUAAACUCUUUAUCCAUUGUCAACUCAUCGGUGAAGGUUUAUUUUGUGUUCUGUACAAUUCUUUUCUAUCAUGUCUGGAAUUUAUAAUGAAUGUGGGACAGUACUUUGAUGUUAUGCAGAGUUAAUCUUUUUGAACCAGUCAUUUUUAGGAUUAAAGAUUGUAUAUUAAGCUAAAUAGUAUAUAUACUGUACACUGUUACAUUGGACUCUGGAAAUAUAGGUACUGUACUAUAUUAAAAAUAAACUAUUGCCAUGCUUG